AAUGCUUCAAAAAAAUCCGAUGGCGCCUUGUCGGUAUCCAGGCCCAGCCCUCAACCUGGUGGCACCGGCAUCAGCGACCUGCUAGAGCCUGCCGUUGAUGGACCGCCGUCCCCCGAAAGGAUUCGCGCCCUGAAUAAGCAGAUGAAGAGGGCCUCUCUCUGGGACUCGCAAGGCUCACCCUUGACUCGCUCUCCGGCACCGGAUCGACCCUCCUGGGAACACUCUCAUGAGCACAAUACCCUCUCCAGGCACUCAUCUGGGCGGUCCACGUCAAGCAGCAUGCCGUCUCGUGAGCGACCGGAGAGUGUCCAGCUAUUCGGCAAAACCAUCUUCAACCGGGGCACGAGACUAAAGCGCGAGAGCAGUGCCAAUAGCUCUUCGGGCAGUUCCCUAUAUUCGACUGACCGUUCUAUCGACGGAACCGCCCCCCCUGCGAAAGAAUACGUUCCGGGCCUAUUCGGGCGCAAGAAGGUGCAACAGAAAGGCGACGCGUCUCUGGAUCGGCUGCCCUCGGACAACGGCAACAAGAAGUUGCAGAUUUCCGGUCCCUUCAACUUCCACCACGUCACACAACCACGACGUGAUCGUGUACCACACCCGGAGCGUGGGCAUCGGGCCGAGCCCGCAUCUGACUGGCCGGCGAUUCGUGGUGCUCAGUCGCCAACUGGUGCGUCGACGAGAGGCAUCGAAACUGGCGACGCCUUUCACCAUUCCAACCUGUCAUCUGAGGACUUUGCGUUUCAACAGGACGCUGCUUUUGUAGAUUCUUCAACAUCUGCCCCGCAUCGUACACCGCCGUCGCCUGUUGACCCUGCACCCCCCGUUUCUCGUGCGCCCAUCCCCCCACCGCGACUCUCGAGCAGAGCUUCGUUGCGAUACGACGGCGUCGAGCCAUUGGACAGGACUCCCCCGGGCCGUCCGCAAACUAGCGGUGGUUUCUACCCGCCCGAGUCUUUUGGGCCUCCUUCGUCGGGCAUGGACACUUACCCGGAUUUACAUGACGACGUGGAUCAGUUCCAGGGUUACGGCAUCUCGCCGAGUCCUCACUUCUCCCACGCUUUAACCACGCCGGAUGACGCCGCUUGGCCAUUGAAAACUAACACGGCCUUCGCGUAUGAGACCCCGUUGCCGAAUGUUCCCGAAGAGGAUGAGAAUCACGGGGCGGGCCGACGCUCACAGAUGAGCCUCGCCAGCAACAAUUCGUCUCUCCGAGGAAGCCACUCCGUGCCCAUGCUGCGCCAAGUCGCGCAACUUCAGUCCAACGGACCCCAGCGACCCCCAAGCGGCGCCUCUGAUACCCUGGGCCCUCUGGAGAGAACUGUCGCCCAUUCCGGGGCCUCGAACCCGAGGGGAAGAAACACAGAUGCGGGGAUCAGUGUGUAUCGUGAGAGCUGGGAGGACGACAUUGACUAUUGUUAUGAACAUGAGGCGGAGGCUGAUUUUGAGUACGCUUGGGAUCGACCAUCCCUCGAGAUCAACAGGGAAACGGAUUUUAUUCCAUCGACGAACAAGGAAGACAGGGCGGGGAAGGAGGGGAAAGAUGACAAGGAGGAUGAUUGGGGUGCAGACGCAGCCACGUCCCCGCAAGGUCCCAGGGGUGGUGAGCCUCAGUCCUUCGGAUUGAAGCCAGUGCCAGCACGUCACUUGAACAUUUCGGUGCUGGGCCCCGUGGAGGACUCGGUGGCAGAUGUGGUUAGUGUAACCAAGCCUACUGCGACCCAGGACUUCAAGGAAUCCCACGGGUUUACCUUAUCGCCAUCACUCUUGAUCCCGGGCGAUUACCAAGAGCAGAUGGUCAUGCCGGAGUUGAAGGUAGACAAGUUGCCCGACGAGUCAAUUGCACGCAUCGAAAACGACUUCCCUUACGUUGGCGAGCCACCCAUCACGCUCAGUACGUCGGGGCUUUACAUCAACGAGCGCCACAGCACCUCUACGACAGGUUCCAACUCGACUGGGCGGACAAGCGCCAGCGAAGAGCGUCACGUCUCGGCCCACUCCGACUCGACCGCUUUCACGCGCUACACGGCGAGCACCAUCUUUGAGAGCUGGAAUCCCAAGGCGCUCGAUGCUCCCGAGCCCGUCCCCUCGGUCCAACUCGAAUCGUUCUCCGACCUUCCCUCGCCAAAACGUGCCAAGGCGCCGACCAGCCCAAAGUCGGAGACCGAAUACGCCACGACCCAGUUGUUCCCUGGCGACGAGCGGGAUGAGGACGAGUACAGCGAUGUGAGGGGUGUGCACGGCGGCUUGCACGGCAGCGUCCUCGAUAACGACCAGCUCCCCACAAUCAAGGAGGCUUUCAAGCAGCCUUCACGUCAGAAGGGACACACGAACAACCCGAGCGUGUCUGGCAGGGGUUAUGCGCUAUUUCCUCCCGCUUAUAUCGGGAAUAGAAUCUAA